AUGACCCGCUCGGUAUUGAUUAUCGGAGCUGGAGAGCUUGGCCUUGCGUUGAUAGACUCUUUCACGACUCAUCCUUCCAAAUCAUCGGUUUCUGUCUUGUUAAGACCGUCGUCAAAGACGGACUUAUCCUCUUAUCCAGUGAAGAUUGUCCACGGAGACAUCUCGUUACAAUCCUCAGACUUUUCAUACCUGCUGAAAGGAUUCGAUAUUGUCAUCCUUGCAACAGGAUUUUCCGCUGGUCCAGGAACUCAACUACGUGUCGCCCAAGCUGUUUUAGAAGCCAAAGUACCUCAUUAUAUCCCGUGGCAAUAUGGAGUAGAUUAUGAUGUUAUAGGUAGAGGGUCGAGUCAACCUCUGUUCGAUGAACAGCUUGAUGUGAGAGAUUUGCUUCGAUCACAAGAGGACGCCAAUGGCAAGACAUCCUGGACCAUUAUAUCGACAGGAAUGUUCACAGACACCCUAUUUGGUCCCGCACUUGGAAUAGUAGAUCUCAAAAAUGGUGUAGUGCAUGCAUUAGAAAAGUGGGAUAAUAGAUUAACAGUCACUUCAUCAGAGGACAUUGGUUACUUGACUGCAAGAAUAGCUUUGAAUCAAGAAGACAUUCCUCAAGGUGUGAUUUUCAUUGCGGGAGAUACCGUCAACUUUGCAGAUAUCGCCAAAGAGGUCGAACGGGCAGGAUGGAAGAUCAACCGAAAAGUCAUAUCAAUUGAGGAUUUAGAACGCAGGCUUAAACUCGAUCCAGAUGACUUAGGGGCUAAAUAUGGUUUGAUAUGGGCAAGGAACAAAGGGGUCAGUUGGCCAGUGGAGGAUAGCUGGAACGGGAAAAAUGGUAUGAAAACAGAAACUAUAAAGGAAUGGAUUGAAAAGCAUUUACCCAAACCAUAG